AUGCCCCGAGCCCCUCUGCUUCGCGUUCCCUAUACCGAUCCCCUCCCGGCACCUAAGCUGAUUCCCGCGAGCGCGACGACGGCGAGCGGUGCCAUCGCGGCUUUGGUCGACUUCUUGUCGCCGUCCCUGUCCACGUCCGGUGCGCCUUCGAGGGCGGCGCAAUCGAGCUUCUCGACUCGGCUUGGUCGGGGCGAGCAUGCGGGCAAGACGCUGCUGCUUACGGGGGCAGGUAUCUCGGUAGCGUCUGGCUUGGCCGAUUACAGAGGCACAAAUGGCACCUACACACUGAACAAGACGUACCGGCCCGUCUACUUUCACGAGUUCUGUGACAGCCACGAAGCGAGGAAGAGGUAUUGGGCGAGGAGUUUCCUCGGCUGGACGAACCUAGAGAAGGCCAAGCCAAACAAGGCCCACGAGGCUUGUGGCGAGUUGGGGCGUAUGGGUGUUGCUGGAAGUAUCAUCACGCAGAACGUAGACUCGUUCCACCCAACGGCGCACCCCGACCUCUCCACCAUCGAGCUACACGGCUACCUGCGCAACCUCGUCUGCCUCACCUGUCGCAACGAAUAUUCGCGCCGGGCUUUCCAGAGCCAACUCACCACCCUGAACCCCUCCUGGGCCGCUUUCCUCGCCGAGAUGAUCGAAUCGGGCGCCCUAGACACCGAGAACCCCGACGAGCGCCGCAAGAAAGGGCUCAAGUCGAACCCAGAUGGUGACGUCGACGUGCCCAACGCCCCGUACACCACAUUCCGAUACCCUCCGUGUCCGACGUGCUUGGAGAAGCCGCCAAAGCGCGCAGACGGAGGCAAGGUCCACGUACAAGUCGACAAGGAUGGCGCCUGGGACCCGGCGAGCGAAGGCGGAGUGCUGAAGCCUGCUGUCAUCAUGUUCGGCGAGUCUAUACCCGCUGCCACAAAAGUCGCUGCGGAAGAGGCAGUCGAUGCAGCAGGCAGGAUACUCGUCAUUGGAAGUAGUCUUGCGACGUACUCUGCCUGGCGGCUAGUGAAGAAAGCAAAGGACAUGCAGAUGCCGAUUGGGAUACUCAACAUGGGUGGUGUCCGGGGCGAGGAAACCUUCUUUGGAAACGUCGCGGACACCAAUACUGGCCGGGAAGCUGCGCGCUUAAGUGAGAAUGCGGAGAAGGUUCUACCCCAGGUUGUGAGGAUACUGCAGGAGAUGAAGGAGACGAAGUAG